AUGUCUCUCGCCAUGAAAGCCCGGCAGAAGGUGAAACGCAAAGGAGCAGCCAAGGACCGGGUCUUUGGGUGUGACCUGCUGGAGCACCUCCAACACUCUGGCCAGGAAGUCCCCCAGGUGCUGAGGAGCUGCACGGAGUUCGUCGAGCAGCACGGCAUUGUGGACGGGAUCUACAGGCUUUCCGGGGUCUCCUCAAACAUCCAGAAGCUGAGGCAGGAGUUUGACAGCGACCGCUGCCCCGAUCUCAACAAAGAUGUGUACCUGCAGGACAUCCACUGCGUCAGCUCCCUCUGCAAAGCCUACUUCCGGGAGCUCCCCAACCCCCUGCUCACCUACCAGCUCUACGACAAGUUUGCUGAUGCCGUGGCCAUCCAGAUGGAGGAGGGACGGCUGGUGAAAAUCAAAGAGGUGCUGAAGGAACUUCCAUCCCCACACUACAGGACCCUGGAGUUUCUGAUGAGACAUCUGGUUCACAUGGCUUCCUACAGCUCCCAGACCAACAUGCACGCCAGGAACCUGGCCAUCGUCUGGGCCCCCAACCUGCUCAGAUCUAAGGACAUCGAGGCCUCUGGGUUCAACGGCACGGCUGCCUUCAUGGAGGUGCGGGUGCAGUCCAUCGUUGUGGAGUUCAUCCUCACCCACGUGGAGCAGCUCUUCAGAGACGCCCCUCUCUGCGGAAGUGACCGCGAGAACCUCCGGAAAUCCCUCCUCCUGUCCGGCUUGGGGUUGCCAGGAGUCCACCCCGACAGCCAGACCAUGUCCUACAACUUGCCCGCCAUGCUGAACCAGGGAGACGGCCCACCGCAGAUCCGCCCCUACCACACCAUCAUCGAGCUCAACGACCACAAAAGAAAAGGCUCCUUGAAGGUAAAGAAAUGGAGGUCAAUCUUCAACCUGGGCAGAUCCAGCAAUGACUCCAAACGCAAGCUGGCCAAGGCAGAGGAGAAAGAUGACAAAUCCAUUAAAAUGAGCUUGCGGCCGGCCAAAAGCAUGGACUCCCUCAGCUCCAUGCCGGACGCUAACGAUGACAAUGCCAGGCUGGGCAGGAAGAGAUCACAGAAGCAGGCCCCCCAGCGCCGCGAGAGUUUCGACAGCCCCUCCUCCCGGGAGGAGAGCUUUCUGGAGUCGGACGAGUACCCCGAAGGGAAAUUCAAGGGCGAGGAGGGGCAGCAAACACUGGAGUCCGAGAGCGAAGCCAGUGCCAAAUCAGAGCCCACGACCCCCAAGGCCGGCCGGGCCUCGCUGGUGGGGGGCGCCCCGCAGGGCCGCUCGCCCAUGACUGCGCGGAACCGGGCAGAGAAGUGCGCUGGGGUCCAUAUCUCCGUCCCCUUCUCAGUCACCGUCCCCUUCCACAUCACCUCCAACAUCUCCCUGUCCCGCCUGACCCGGGGGCUGGAGUGCCCGGCCCUGAGCUACAGCCCCUUCGACAAGGAGGCUCUGGAGAGGUCGUCCAAGGAGCUAGAAGCAGAGGAGGGGCUGGGGGCUAAGAUCCCCCUCGACGAGGAAGAUCACGUGGCAGAUACAAAGCCGGCGAGUGCUCUGGACUUGGAGGAGAACAGGCUGUCCAUGGAGGUGCAGGACUCCUUCUCAUUUCUCGACAACCAGGACACCUGGCAGGACUGUGGCACGGAAGGCGACCAGCCAGAGAAGAGCUUACUGGAAGAGACCACCUCCGAUUUUGCUGGGGACAUGCUGGAUGGCUUCCAAGGAAUGGAUGACGACAUGGAGAGCAGGUUCAUGAAUCAGGAGUUCUCGGUGGAGCCGCCCCCGGAGUACCUCUCCAUCGAGGAGUGCAUGAAUGAGGAGCAGUACUACAUGGCCACCAGCUGCUCCGACACCGAGGAGCUCUCCAAGGAGACGGACUCUGAGGACGUGUUCCUGAGCGCCUACGAUGACCUCAGCCCCUUAGCGCCUGACCUAGAGAAGCUGCGACAGCUCGGUGCGGAGUAUAGGUGGGAUGUGCCUCUCCCAGAUGGGGCGCUGGGUGGCGAAACAGCUCAAGAGAUGCUGAGCAACCAGCCCCCAAGACCUGCUGAGGAAGGGCCGUUAGCUAGCGACACCAAUGGCUCCUCUUUGUCCAAAGAAGGCAGCAGCACCAAGGUGCCUCUGCCGGACAGCCCUCAUGCUCCAGAACUAGCCACGCCAUGUCGGAGCAAGGAAGCCGCUGAAGAUCCCCACGGCCCCCUUCGCCAGCCAGAGGGGCUCGAAGGGGACGGGGCUGAGGGAGAGGCUGUGGAGUCCAGCCCAGCCGUCCAGCAAGAAGAAGACAUAAAGGUAACAGGGGGAGAUGGUCUUGAAGCAGGCCCUGGCCCACCCAGAACUAAGCCCACCACUGAUGUAGCGCCAGUGCGGGAGCACCAGGGCACAUGGGCUCCGGAGAGCGAAGGCCACGGAGCCCAAGCCAGCCAUGCCGGAGAUGAGCAAGUGCAGGCCCCAAGGCUAAGGGAGGCAGAGCUGGCUCCAUGUGUUCCAGGCCAGGAGGCCGACGGACGUGUCCCAGAGGAAGUGAGAGCGCAGGAGGGCCAAGGGGGCUCGGCUCUUCCCACGCCAGAGACCAAACAGCCGGAGAGUGGAAAGGGCCCACCUCAGCCUCUUGCAAUGAAGACCGCAGCUGCCCUCUCACCGGGAUCAGGGCCCGAGCCCCCCACUGUCCCCAUAUGUGAGAGUGGCCCCAUGUCCACUGCCCCCUUUCUAGAGACAGGCCUCGAGACCACCACUGUCCCCCUGGAUCAGAGUUGUCCCCAGGCCUCCAUCUCCUUGCUAGGGACAGGCCAUGAAGCCCCCACCGCCCCUGGGUACGAGAGCGACCCUGAGGCUGCUCCCUUGCUUGAGACUAGCUCGGAUCUUGCGUCCUGGUCUGACGCUUCCCCGUUGCUGAGGAGUGGCCCCACAAGCCUUCCCCUGGAAUCUGGGCCACUGAAGCCCGCAGACCUUCCCGCUCUCCCCGAGCCUGACACACCGGCCGGGGUGCGCCCCGACGGGAGCGCCCCCAUGAGAGUCGCUUCCAGCACAGUCCGAGUCCAGCAGGUGAAAUCCGUCCCCAUAGUGCCCCCCAAGCCUCAGUUUGCCAGGAUGCCUCCUACCGUGAAGAUGAAGAUGCACCUGGGUGAAGCAUCCACGUGGCCCAAGCUCUCUGCUUCGGAGAAGAGCUCCGGCGGUGGGGAGACCAGCCUGGGGAAGGGGGCCUCUCUCCAGAGGCAGUCGCACCCUGUCAGCCUGGGUGCGUGCUGCCGCGUCGCAGAGGGCACAGAGUCGAACGAGGAGCUUCCCCCACCCAGCCCUGUGGAGAAGUGCCCCAGCAGCACAGAGAGCUGUGAGCCCGCCGAGACCUCCCUCCAGAAGCAGAGGCGAGCCAGCUGGCGUAACGGCGGCAGCAUGUCUUUCGACACGGCGGUGGCCCUGGCCAAGCAGAGGCACUUGGCCCAGGCCCCGGUUCGGAGGAUGCAGACCUACUGCGCGGGGGACGGCCGGGAGAUGCACAGCGUUCCCAAGGUGGAGAAGCCCCCGCCGUUCCCCAGGCCUGCCCUAAAGCCUGUGGGCCAGCGCUCCGUGAGGCCGCUGAGCUGCACCAGCGUGCUACUGUCUCCAGACGCCCUGGCUCUGGGCAAGCACCCGCCCCUGCCCGACACGGCCUGCGAACCGCGCCUGGCGCCUGGCCAGGAGCCACUGCCCUUCGCCCAGGAGCCCACGGCAAGGAGCAGGCUGAGCAUGCCCAGGCUUGGCCAGCGCCCGUCAGACAUGGAAGAGGCAGUGGGGCCUCUCCCGCAGCAGCGGCGGUCGCUGGCUUUUGAAAUCAGGGACUGCGGAGGGUCGGAGUUGUGA